AUGAGCAAAACAAUAAAUAAAACGUCGUUUGCAGAUGUUUUCAUGCAGUUCCAAAUUGAGGUAAAAAGAAAAGAGAUUCAAGAUUACAAAGAAGAAAUGUACCAGCUAGAAGACAAAAACCAUCGCCUGAUGAAGCUGCAGGAGCAGCUGAAAGAGGAGCAGUAUGGUCACGUAUGUGAACUGCAUAAACAGAUGAAGGAGCAGGACAGAAACCUGGAGCAGAAGGAGCUGUGGAAUAAGGAGCAGGUGGAGCACGCUGUCCAGGAAAACCUAAAGCUGAAACACAAGCAAGAGAAUGAACUAAAAGAACUGCACUGUAAGCUGGCGAGGAUGCAGGUGCAGGUGAACGAGCUUCUGGAAGAGAGGCCGGUAUGGCUGCAGUUUAAAAAUAAAGAAAGCGUGGAAAACCAACAAAUAAUCCAAAAAUUGGAAACACAUAUUGCCGCUUCAGAAAGGACAUACAAGGAAAUGUCAGAAUAUUUUCAGAGAUCUCUGGCUUUGUCUUAUGAAGACACUGCCAGAAAGACAGCACAGCGCUCUGAUGAAAUAAUACAGCUUUCUGAAAAGAGAGCAAAACAAAACCUUGACUGUGACAGUAAAAAAGAGCUCAAAGACAAUGAAUGGCUUAAAAAAGAGGUUGCCAACUAUGUUAGGAAGAUCUCAGAGUUGGAAUCCACUGUCCAGAAAUUAGAAAUGGAAAACUUAAAAAGUGUAAAUACGCUUUUAAACCACCUCUCACAUGAUCACCAGAUCAGUGAUGUGUUGUGUCGUGUUGUGUUUGUCAGCCUCAGAAAAACAUUUGGAUCCUCUGACAUGCACAGUAUGAGCGAGACCCUAAUGCAGAUAAGCCGUGACACAUCAUCAGAGAUGGUCGACAGACCUUCAUGUCCCCUUCAACCUUCGGAGGAAGCUGAGGGAGCUCACCAGGAAAGAGAUGUGACACCUUCCACCCCACCUGACCUCAGAGAAAUACUCACGGGACCGAUACAUCUGGACUCAUUGAAGCAGAAGCUACUGUGUGUGGUAGGUGAGGCUGUUCCUCUGCACCAGCCGCCAUCUGAACCCACGGAUGAGAACGAGGAGAUGGACCCAAGCCCGUCCCAAACUACAGAGUCAGUGCUCACCAUAGCAACCAUCCUGAAGAAACUUCAGCAGUUACAUGUAUCAACUGGAGGAUCCGACGAGUCUUGAAUAAUACCUGCUUCACACAGGUGUUUACAAAUCUCUGUUUUGUGAAACUGCAAUCCUUGGAUAAAAAUGAUGAAUUUAAGGUCCAAUGUGAAAUUUUUUGGAGUAGUUUAUCAAUUGACAUAAAUGCAAUAUUGUAAUGGAAUUCACCAUGUUGUUUCUACAGAAGCCCUAAACAA